AUGAGAGGAAUAUUACUUUUGACGCUGCUGGCCUUUGCAAUCUUUAGUGUGAAUUUUUGUGACGUAGACGCUGACGACCUCCCGAGGUUAAAUUUUAGAAGAAUUCUAAAUAGGUCUAAAUUCAGUAAUAAUAAAUUCAAACGAGACAUUUCAUCGACAGGCUUAAUUAGUGAGCAGGACGUCCUUUCAACGUCGCUCGUCAAUUUUAAAGAAUAUUAUCCUGAUCUCAUAUCUUACAUUAUUCGCCAGUAUAAAGCAACUAUUACAAUAGGAACACCACCCAGAGUAUUUCAUGUGCUAAUAGAUACUGGCUCAUCCGAUUUAUGGAUACCCGACGCCUCGUGUAUUGGAGCAGGAUGCGUUAACAAGAACAAAUUUUCUUCCAAUUACUCCAUCUCGUAUGGUGGUGACCGUGAUCCUUGGCAAAUUUCUUACGUAGAUCAGUCGGGUGCAUCAGGAGUAACAGCAACUGAUACAGUAAUAGUUGGUGGCUUCGCAUUAACAGAUCAAGUCUUUGCGAGGGCAACGGGCAUGAAUUCUGGCUUCCAAGACCUACAGGCAGAUGGGAUUAUAGGAUUAGGCGGAACUCAGAGGGCCGUUAUUCCGGGGACGAUAACACCAAUUGAAACCAUGAAAAAUCAAGGUUUUAUAAAUGUGCGCUCAUUCGGUGUAUGGUUAGGCAAAGCAAGCGAGGGCGGUUCAGGAGAAGUUACUUUCGGCGGGUUCGAUUCUUCUCACAUAGUCGGCAGUCUGACUAUGAUUCCUCUCGCCAGCAAGUUCGAUAUUACUGGGGUUUGGGUAGUCUCAUUAAGCCAAAUAUCUGUCGGCACCCUUUCAAUCCCACUCACAUUAAGAACUGGCCUUACUGUUAUAGAUACGGGGACAUCACUUAUUACUGCCCCGACCACUAUAGCAGAUAAGAUUAACAAAGUGUUAGGCGGUACUUUCUCGCCCCAAGCACAGGCGUAUAUUUUACCAUGCAAAGCAACGCCGCCAGACAUGACGUUUACUUUCGGAACUACAGCUUUCACCGUGCCAGGCGCCGAUUUGGUUAUUGAGGCGGGACAAGGAUUGUGUGCCAGCGCUAUUCUUCCCCUAGACAUUGGUGGCGAGUUGUCAUUCCUCGUGGGCGAUACUUUCUUAAAAAAUAAUUAUGCUUACUUCAACUUGGAUGAAUCAGUGAUUGGGCUUGCCCAGGCUAAACGAUAA